AUGCAUCGCGUGAGAGCAUGGGCACAUUCGUCUGCUCACAGGCACAACUUCAAUCCAUGGUCGGCCAUUAAGGACAAUCAAGCUUCCUCGGAGAGUAAGAGUCCAUCGCAGAAUGAAGAUUCGACAGAACAGAAGCCCCCCAAAGGCUCCAUUUUCAGUCGCGUCGUCGCCAAUGUCAAGGUCGCCCUAUUCCACAGUUGGGUGAAUGUUCUCCUGGUUUUUGUGCCUGCGGGCAUCGCCAUCCACUUUGCCGGAAUCAACGAGAAUGUGGUCUUUGCUGUCAACGCGGUUGCCAUCAUCCCUUUGGCUGGGCUUCUCACAUUCGCAACUGAAAGCGUGGCGCAUCGACUUGGGCCUACUUUGGGAGCUCUACUGAAUGUGAGUUUUGGAAACGCAGUGGAGUUGAUCAUAUUUAUCGCCCUUGUCAAGGAUGAAAUUCGCAUCGUCCAAGCUUCCCUUAUCGGCUCACUUCUUGCCAACCUCCUCCUUAUAUUGGGUAUGGCCUUUUUGAUCGGAGGCCUAGAAUUCCAGGAGCAAAUUUAUGACAGCACUGUGACCCAGAUGUCGGCUUGCUUGCUGGCGCUUGCGGUCCUUAGCCUGCUGAUUCCGACCGCCUUCCACGCGUCUUUCAGUGACCUUCAGAAAGCUGACCGUGCAGUCAUCAAACUCAGCCGAGGGACUUCCGUCAUUCUACUCAUCAUUUAUGUCCUUUAUCUACUUUUCCAACUGAAGUCUCACGCAUAUCUUUACCAAGGGACGCCACAACACAUUAUCGAUGAGGAAGCACAGCCGGGUAUCCUUCAACGUUUCGACUCUACGAGCUCUUCGUCCGCGAGCUCUUCAAGGUCGUCUCUUACGAGUGCUGGCUCACAUCGACGUGUAAGCAAGAGGCUCAAGGCUAAGCUUGGCAGGAGACGAGAGGUGAAGACCGAAGUCGAAUCCGAAGCAGACAAUGGGGAAUCCGCCGUACAAGUGGGUCCGAAUGUGAUUGAUAUUCACGCAGAAAAGACUGCCGAGCCACAGGAGAUCAAGUCGCAAGACGCAUCAACGGAAGGCCUGCCAACCAAUCCUCCAGCAGCUUCAGCGAAGGACAAGAAACCAAACAUCGGGCCUCAUGGACUCUCUUUCCGCGCACCACCCGUUUUCCGAUCGUCAACGCAGCCUUCCCUCAAAGGCAAAGACCUAAGUUAUUCCUCUCAUCCCCUUCGACAUUAUCAGUCGGCACCAAAUAAUCGCCAAAGUCAAAGUCCGGGAGCUGCGCGGAUAGCACGCCGCUCUACGCCGAAAAAUACUGCCCCAGAGGAAGACGCUCCUCCCAUGAGCCAAACCGCAUCGAUAAUCCUCCUGCUAGCCUCCACCGGUCUCGUUGCACUCUGUGCAGAGUUUCUUGUUGGAAGCAUUGAGCACUUGGUGGACGAUUCUCCUUUGUCGGAGGCUUUCAUUGGGCUAAUCAUCCUACCCAUCGUUGGCAAUGCUGCCGAGCAUGUCACGGCUGUUACUGUCGCCGCAAAGAACAAGCUCGAUCUUGCCUUGGGCGUAUCGCUCGGAUCGUCGAUUCAAAUUGCGCUCUUUGUUACUCCAUUCGUCGUGAUUCUGGGUUGGAUCAUGGAUAAAGACAUGUCUCUCUACUUCAGCUUGUUUGAGACUGGGUCAUUGUUUGUUUCCACUUUCAUCGUCAACUUCCUGGUCCUGGAUGGACGCAGCAACUAUUUGGAGGGCGCGCUGCUGUGCGCAUGUUACGUGAUUGUUGCUGUUGGAGCCUAUUUCUUUCCCGAUGGACAGGAUCAAAGCUCACUGACAAGUGGACCUUCAACUUGA